CCCUCGUCGCCCUCCUGUCAGGCGGGCAGCGGGCACACCUCUCCUCCUCCUCCUGGUCCUCCUCCUCUUCCUCCUCUUCCUCCCGUGGUCCUCCAGCGUCUCGUACCUUCUUGCCGCUCCUCUCAGCCUCGUUGUCUGCCGGUGAACUCUCACCCCAGCUGCUCGGGAAAUGUCACACAGGCAGAGGCCCGUGUUGCAGUAGGGGGGCGUAAUGGGAGAGGGCAAAAAACAACAACAUCUUUUUCCACUGCGUCCUUUUACGCGCCCUGUGUCGGGGAGAUGCCACAUCCAGCUGCCGCCGGCACCUCCAGCUCCAGCAGCAGCAGCCACCGCCGCUGAGCGCAGCCUCCUCGGUGCUUAUCUCGCAUUAGGGCUAAUAUAGAUAUACAGAAAAAAGACCCGUGCCAGACAUGGGGAAGAACGUCGUGCUUCUCUCGAAGAUGUCAGUCCAUCAAACUAAGUGGCUUGUGAUGCCGAUGUCCAGUAGAAGAUCCUGGGAUUGAGACGUGCAUCCCUUCACACUGAUGGCCUGGACUGAGUUUCAGCUGGCCUGCUGAAGCUAUGGGGAGCUGUUGGAGUUGUCUGUACAGAGACCCCAUCCGAGACAACCAUCUCACCAAAUUCAAGGUCACCAAUGUGGAUGAUGAGGGCAACGAGCUGGGCUCUGGCAUCAUGGAGCUCACACAGACCGAGCUCAUUCUUCACACACGCAAGAGAGACGCCAUCCGGUGGCCGUAUCUCUGCCUGCGACGCUACGGCUACGACUCCAACCUGUUCUCCUUUGAGAGUGGUCGCCGCUGUCAGACUGGGCAGGGAAUCUUUGCCUUCAAGUGUUCCCGGGCCGAGGAGAUCUUCAACUUGCUCCAGGAGCUGAUGCAAUGUAACAGCAUCAACGUGGUGGAAGAGUCGAUGAUGAUGAGUCGCAGCGGUCACACGCCGGAGAUGGAGAUGGCCCGCACGCCACAGACUCCCAACACUCCAGCAUUCCCUGUGCAGGCUUUCCCCAAUGGAUACCCUGGUUAUCCAAUCAGAGGCGACUCCUCCCAACCCUCUCUUGCUGAUGAUCAUGGACAUAGUCUCAUGGGUUUGGACGACCAGACCCACACCUAUGUAAACACUGUUAGCAUGGAGGGGGAUCUCUCCAUGCGUCACUGUGUGCACUCCCUACCUGAGGUGCGGCCCGGCCCUUUCAAUGAAACAACACGGGGAGCAAUGCCCAUCGGGGGACAAGGAAACCCGCAGCCCAACCUGCGGUGCUGUCCCCUGGAGGAGCGCAAAGAUCCUCAGGUGUUUUUACAGCCGUCCUCACAGGAGGUCAAAUUCAUGCUGGGCCCCACUCCAGCACAGCGCCAUCUGCUGGAGAGAGAGAGGGAGAGAGAGCGGGACAGGCAUGGGCACAAUCCUCACAACCUUCAGCCAGUAGAGGGUGCAACAGGCUCAGAGACAGAGGGAGACGAGCCCACGAUGCACCUGUGCAACUCUCACUCCUAUCACCAUUUCCAUCACCAUGCGCACCGCCACCCGGGGCACAAGCACCCCGACAGCUGCCAGGGCGGUGAGCUCACCUACGAGAACAUCAACGGCCUGAGGAGCGGCCGGAAGCAGCGGCUGAGCCCCAGCAGCGUGUCGCAGUCUGUGGGUUCCAGCAGCAGCAGCAGCACCGGGGACAGUCACUCCCACUCCCUCCUGCACCCACACCCUCACGGCCCGUCGUCUCUUCCCCCGCAGGGCUACGCCUGUGAGAGGGGCAUGGGUGGGGGACACCGUCGGACAGCUUUGCUGAACUACGAGAACCUGCCCUCUCUGCCCCCUGUGUGGGAGUACAGCGCGCUGCAGCGUGAUGACGAGCAGGAGGAGGAUGAUGACGAGCAGGAUGAUGAGGAGUACGAGGAGGAAGAAGAGGACUUUGAUGAGUAUGAGUUCUCCGAAGGCCCUGGGACACCCAACGGGUACCACCAGGAUGGUCGCAUCCACAGAGACGCCCUGCAGAACUAUGUCAACACAGAGCAGGUCCAGCCGCCCCGGCUCCAACAUGCCUGUCCCCCGCAUCCUCGGCCAUGUCAGACGGACAGAGGGGGAGGAAUAUUUAGCUUUGAUUUCGGCAGACGAUCAAGGUCAGGGGUCGGAGGCUGUGAGCACGGCCACAUGCCUCCAUCACGGCAGCUGAAUUACAUCCAGGUGGACCUAGAGGAACAACCUCCCUGCCAAGCCCUCGGCGGCGGGGUUGCCCAGCCCCAGCCACAGCACCAGCGCCUGCCACCCAUAAAAUGUGGCGCACAGGCACCCCGGCGCAGCGAAUGCUACGCAGUCAUUGACCUAAAGAAGACCGCUGCCAUGUCCAACCUGCAGAAAGCUCUGCCCAGGGAUGACGGGACUUCCAGAAAGACUCGCCACAACAGCACAGACCUGCCUCUGUGAACAGUGUUCGAACUGAAGAGGAGCGAUGAAGACAGAUGAUGGCUUAUCCUCAUCUUAGCACACGGGACCCGUCACUGUCAUCCAUCCAUUCAACUGUCGGGCUGACUAAUACAAAUACAGGUACCUAAUUAGAAACCUACUGAAAACGCUCUGUGCAUAUAAGAGGAAAUGAGAAAUCUUUGAGGAGAAUUUGCCAUUUUAAUCCUUAUUUAUCAGACAUGGGCAGUGAAGCUCUGUUGGGAAAUCUGCAGUUGUUACUGCAAAUAAUGUUUGCUGGAUAUAUGGAUGUGUAUACAUGAGCAUAAAAUCAUACAUACCGAGGAAAAUCAUACAUUUAUGAUUUUAUGCUUAGCUAUGACUUGGAGCACUGACCUCCAUUCUCAGUUGAAGUAUUCAUUGCCAUGCUGUAUUACCAAAUCUUCAGAAACCCAUCUUCACUCACAAAUAUUGUCUUAUGAAUAAGUAUCACCACACCCAAUGUUUAAAUUGUUUUGAGUCAGAAACGUGACUCUUUACAGAAAGCUCAGAUAAGUCUGUAUUUUGGAGAUUUUUAAAGUUUGGCCAAGAUACUGGACAAUGUUCAUACCUCAUCGCAAGCACCUAAGUCUAAUGUUGUGGCUGAUAGAAGUUCUUUGUUACGAUAUGCCUGUAGAGCAUUUUGCACACAAUCCUAUGGAAUUGUAUUUUAUCAUAUUUUAGGAAUAGUUAUGUCCAAAUCCAGUUGAAAAAGUGGAAUAAAAUAAACAUAACCGCAGGAGAAUUAGACUUUAAACUGAACAACGGUAAACGUAGCACACACACACACACACACACAGUUCCAACAAGCUUUCGCUCCCUCCUUAUCCAUAUGCAGCAAAAUGAAAAAAGUAGCAUAUCAUCUUUUGAUCACGACUCCUGCAUAUCAUCCCUGACCUGCGGAAGGUCCACAGCGGUUUUACGCUUGUCACGUUGCACUUUCGACCCCGGGAGCCACUGAAACGUGCUUUGUCACGAUACACACGCUCUCCACUUGAGCCACAGGUCCGACCAUCUCCCCUUUUUUUUUUUAACAAAAGCAGGAGGCCAAAUACUUCAUGGACACUCUCAGUCAGUGAUGUAGGCCGAGUUUAUUCCAAUGUUUCUAAUGGCGACAUCAGUAACCUCAAAUAGUGGCAUUAAGCUAUGACCUCACCUAAAACGUGCUCAAUCGGACAUUUGUCAGGUGUGAGUGGUCGAUUUAACAGAUUAUUCAAGUAUGUUGCAAAGUAAUGCUGUGGAGAUUUUUGUGAGAAUAUUAAUCAACCUUCAUAGUCAGAUAUUUAUUUAUUUAUUUCAUUCUUAAUUUAUUCUUUUUUUUUUACUAAUUUAGUUUUCCAUAUGAUGACUAGCGUUUUGUAAACCAGUUGGUAAUACGGAGACCAAAGUUUCACCUCAAAUUAUCACUGGAAACUGGUAUGUUACUUUUAUGACUGUGCGUAAUUAUAUUUUUUAAAAGAAACAGAGAGACUGUAUUUAUAUUUUAAGUGCCAAAACUUAAUUGCAAACUGUACAAUGAAUAAAAUCUAACGUGCCAUUAGGAUUUAUAGGACAGACGGGCAAAAAGUGAAAAAGCAGUACAUACCUGAAUCCAAGUUUUUAAGGAUGACAGAAAUUUAAAAUAAGAAAAAACUGCACAUUCCACCUCAUCCGCAUCGACAGCCAUUUCAGAGCGAGUGACGAGGACGGUAAUCUUGUAGUCUGAUAAUCACAGUUCGGCUGGUUUUAUGCUGCUACAUGUAAAUACGAACAGUAGCCCAUGUAGGUACUUGUACAGGUACUUGUCGAAAUGACGCGAUGUCAGAUCUUUUACCAUGUUGUUAAUAGAAGUAGCAUUGUUGUGUUCUUCUGAGAAUUUUUUUUUUUUUCCCCCUGAGCGGUAGAAAAUGUAAUGUGCCAUGAUUUCAGAGAAUGUUUCAUUUCGGGUUGUUUUCCUGACACACUGGCUGUCUGCUCUCGGAGAGGUAAGGGAAGCACAGGCCCACUGACGCUGUCAUCUUUGUGUUGAGCGCUCACAUCAGGUUGACAUGUUCAGCCGACAGACGAAGGCCAAAAUGUUCUAGAUUUAUACACGUGUGCAGGCCUUCAAAUGCAGAUGUGUUGUGGCUCUUAGCUGAAGCUGAUCGUUUUAUCUUUAACAGAGAGUUCAGAUAUGAGAUACGAAAUACAAAUUCUUGACUUCUGAUAAGGACAGUCAUUUUGGCUUCUGUGUGACUUGAGUUUAAGUAAGGAUUAACUGCAAAGCGAUGAUUGGCUUUUAAAUUCAUUGUUGUCAGUAUUCGUCACAUUAAGAUUUUCCAGCCCUACCCAAAUACCUGUGGGCUCUAACUUAGGUGUGUACUCUUAACGCAUACCUGUUACUCAUUGUAAAUCAUUUCCUCCAUAAUCUUCAGCAGAUAUUAAAGUAGUGACGACACCACCCAUUUCCUAUGUCUUGACUAGAGCACAGUCUAUAAAUCAAUUUGGUUCAUUAACGGUUAAAUAAAUCACCGAUACUAGCAGAACUCCUACUUUCAAAAAGCUGGUAUCAGCAAAUAUUUGCCAUCUUUUAUUGUUGAUUCGAUAAUUGUAUUAAUAUGUCAAAUGUGAAGUGACUCCAUCCAACAAUAACAAAAAAACUAUUUACAAUCAGGUAAAUUUGCACAAAUUUGCACUUAUUUGGUGAAUUGAUUUGGUUAUUGACUCGAUAUUGAUUUAGAUGACAGCAGUCAUUUGAUAUGCUGAGUUUUUCAUAGAUUUCCAACACGGAAGCCUUAAAUGUCCUCAAAUCAGAAGUUGACAGUUUGUAUUUUUGCUCGAACGUCAUACGCUGAUGUGAGAUUACUACAAAAUGUCUUCUCGAAAAAGGCCAAAAGUCUUGGCUCGUCCCAGGACUGACAUUUGACUGUACUUGUAGAGAUAUUGUCAUGGACUAGGAGGGAUGUUUACAUUUUUGCAAUAAUAGUUGAAUUAUUGUUUUGUUGAUUUUAAAUCAGACCAACGUGUAAAGUGUGAACUCUAAAUAGUCUAUAGAGCUGUGGGCUUAAUGUGUUUAAUCGCCUGUUCUUCUGUGAAUCCGCAGUCUAAUCGUUAUUAUUAUUUUUCAGGUUCAAUGUUUUCUUUUCAAGUUUCAUAGUGCGGUUUUAGCUAUGAAAGUUUAAAAAAAAAAUGAAAAAGACGCCUGUUUUGAUUGUCAGACUCUGUGUUUGCUUAGACUCACAUUAACAGUGCCAUACAGCAGUAAAACCUUUGCCAGUACUUCAAUUCAAUUUUAUUGUAUUAAACUUUCAAACCAGUGUUGCUUUUUCACAAAGGAA